GGCUGAGACUGCAGUAAGCUGGAAGGCAGUCAGACUGGGACCAUGGAGCUCUGCAUCCUCCUUCUCCUUCUUCUCCUCUCAGGAGUCUUGAUUCUCCUGGCCAGGGGCCACACAAAGACACAUAGCUGUCUUCCGCCAGGCCCCCAUCCUCUUCCUUUCCUGGGGAACAUUCUACAGAUGGACAGAAGAAGCCUACUCAGAUCCUUCCUGAAGCUCCGAGACAAAUACGGAGAUGUCUUCACGGUAUACCUGGGGUCAAGGCCUGUGGUCAUGCUAUGUGGGUCAGAGGCCAUUCGAGAGGCCCUGGUGGACCAAGCUGAGGUGUUUUCUGGCCGGGGAAAAAUGGCCAUUUUGGAUCAAGUCUUUAAAGGAUAUGGUGUGUCUUUUGUCAAUGGGGAAUGUUGGAAGGCCCUUCGGAAAUUCACUCUGGCAGCCAUGAAGGACUUUGGAAUGAGGAAGCAGAGUAUGGAGGCUCGCAUUCAGGAGGAGGCCCAGUGUCUGGUGGAGGAGCUCCGGAAAUCCCAGGGAGCUCUCCAGGACCCCGCCACCAUAUUCCAAGCCAUCUCUGCCAACAUCAUCUGCUUCACUCUCUUUGGAAAACGCUUUGAUUACAGAGACCCUGAGUUUCAGAGGCUUCUUGACAUGUUCCACCAGACCUUCACACUUAUCAGCUCUUUCUCUGGCCAGAUGUUUGAGCUCUUCUCUGAUAUCUUGAAGUACUUUCCUGGCACACACAGGCAAAUCAACAGAAACAUGCGGGAAGUCAAAGACUUCAUUGGCCGCAGUGUGGAGGAGCACAGACAGACCCUGGACCCCAGCUCCCCCCGGGACUUCAUUGAUAACUACCUGCUCCGCAUGGACAAAGAGAAGUCCAACCCAGUGAGCGUGUUCAACCACCAGAACCUCAUCAACACUGUGCUCGCUCUAUUAUUCGGGGGCAUGGAGACCACAAGCACCACUCUCUACUACGGAUUCCUGUUCUUUCUCAAAUACCCACACAUCACAGGGAAAGUCCACAAUGAGAUUGAUCAGGUGAUUGGCUCCCACUGCCCUCCAGCCCUUGAUGACCGAGCCAAAAUGCCAUACACUGAAGCAGUCAUUAAUGAGAUUCAGAGAUGCGGAGAUAUCCUCCCCAUUGGCGUACCCCACAUGGUCAUGAAAGACACUCAAUUCAGAGGUUACAUCAUCCCAAAGGGCACCGAUAUAUAUCCCCUCCUGAGCACCGCUCUCUUUGACCCGCGUUACUUUGACACACCAGACACCUUCAACCCUGACCGCUUUCUGGAUGCCACUGGGGCACUGAAGAAUAAUCGAGCUUUUAUGCCCUUCUCCAUAGGGAAGCGCAUUUGUCUUGGUGAAGGCCUCGCCCGUGCAGAAUUAUUCCUCUUCCUCACCACCAUCCUCCAGAAUUUCUCUGUGGCCAGUUCCAUGGCCCCUGAAGACAUUGAUCUCACACCCCAGGAGUGUGGAGUGGGCAAAGUGCCCCCUACAUACCAGAUCCGCUUCCUCUCCCGCUGAGUUGAAGGAAGCAGCUCAAAGGAUUCCAUGGUGAUAAAGUAUUCCUGCCCCUGCAGGGAAUAUCUCCUGCCUCUGUUCAUGUUCUGCAUCUGAGAGAUCUGCUGCAAGCCUGUAUCCCUCCCCACCCUUGUUUUCCACCUCCAUGAGAAGGUCCUUUCUGUGUCUCGUCUCUGCUCAGCAUGCUGCAGCUCUUCUAAAGACUCAAGGAGGUGUUUUCAUUUCCUCUGUUAAUGGAAUUCCAGAAGUGGUCUAUACAUAGAAACUGGAAGCUGAAAGGGGAAACUCAGCUCAGGAUCUCUCUGCAGUUCUGCCUCCCAGACCACUGCUCACCCUGACUGAUGUCUACCUUCCUUAGAGCAGCCACAGUGUCCAUUUAGCAACUCCAUAUGCUCCAUGAUCUGUACAUACAUGAUCUUGCUUAAUCCUACUCCCAAUAGCCCCACAUGGUGGGCACAAUAAUCAUGUCUAUUGUACAUACAAGUAAUCCAAGUUCACAUGGAUAGUGAAUAGAGGAGUAAGUGUCACACUCAGUAUCCAUGGCUCUAGGACUCAAACUCUUUAACAAAGUUCCUCCCACCCAUAUAUUUUUGAAUUAAAGUGACUCAGAGGGAAAAAAAGUCAACCAUUUUCACAAGUGAUGUAAUUUAGUGCUUUCUGUAUCUCUGGAUUUGCCUUUUUUGCAUAUUUUAUAUAAUGGAAUCACACAAUAUGUGGCCAUUUGUGACUGGCUUCUUUCACUCAGCAUAUUUUUGAGGUCCGCCUUGUAGACCAUAGUUGUGCCCAUUCAUUGUCCUCCUGCUUCCUCAUCUUUUCUUUUUUUUAAAGGCUUUAUUUAUUUAUUUUUAGAGAGAGGGGAAGGGAAGGAGAAAGAGAGGGAGAGAAACAUCAUUGUUUGGUUGCCUUUCAUGUGCUCCCCACUGGGGACCUGGCUCACAACCCAGGCAUGUGCCCUGACUGGGAAUCGAACUGGUGACCGUUCAGUUCUCAGGCUGGCACUCAAUCCACUGAUGGCUCCAACCAAGGCUCAUCUUUUCUUUUCAAUUUGAAA